GAUGCACCCUGUGCAGAUUCGGUAUGAUUCGGUUCGGUAUGAUUCGGGAGAUGUCAGAUGAGAGAUGUCAUGUGUAAUGGUGAUAUCAGUGGAAUAAAUGUGUAAAAUAAAAGUGGUCUUUAAUUAAUCAGCACAAUUGGCGACGGAGGAAAAUCAAGGAAAAAGGUAAGCAGUACGAAAAUUAAGUGAGAAAAUGAAAAAGCACGUGUGGAAAAAAAGAUAUGAAAAUUUUGUGCAACCAUGUGCGGAAAAGUGAGGUUAGGUUAUUCAACCAGCAUGAAAAAUUAAUUUUAGUGGUAUUUUUAAUGUAAAUUCAAACUCCUGACCCCCUAGAAAAGGAUCAGGAGUGAUAAUUAAUUGUGAAUUAAAGAAAAAAAUACAGAAAUAUAAAAAAAAAUUUGACAAUUUUGUGCACCACGGAAAGUUUCCGGAAAGCUUGUAAGAUCACAAGCUGGGUAAACAGAAUGCACAAAAUUGGCAGGGUUCUGUGGGAAUGAACUAAAAUGAUACUGCCAGAGAGAGAGAGAGAAAGAUUAAAAAGGCAGGAUUCAUUAGAAAAAUGAAUGAAAAUGAGACUGCCAGAAGUUGAGAAAAUUUAGCAACAGGAUUCAUGAAAGAAUGAAUGGAAAUGAGACUGUUGGUAGAGAAAUUAAGCGAUAGGAUUCAUGAAAGAAUGAAUGAAAAUGAAACUAUCAAUACUAAGAAAAUGAAAGAAAGAUUGAAAAUUAAGUGAUAGGAUUCAUGAAAGAAUGAAUGAAAUGAGACUAUCAAGAAAAUGAAUUGAAAGAAAAAGCAAUAAGUAGGGAAGAAAUUAAUGAUUUUCUUCUCUUCUUUUACAGAAAUUGACAAAGAAAAGAUCAUGGAUCAUGGAAAUCAAUACAAUGUACCGCCAUUCAAACGGUCAUUGUUGUCCCCAAAUGAGAAUCGGAAGAAUUGGGAGACGUUCAAGAGGGGAUUCCUCAGUGUUGCACUGGCAACAGCAGAGACAGAUAAGAAGAAACUAAAAGGGAUGCUGCUUGCGUAUGGUGGUCCAGACCUACGAGAGGUAUUCUACCAAAUCCCGGGUGCAGAUAUACCCGGAGAUGACGAUAAUGAUCCGUACAAAAUUGCGUUGAAAAAGCUGGAUGAGCAUUUUGCACCAAAGAGACACGAUUCCUAUGAGAGGCAAAUGUUUUGGUCUCUCAUGCCAGAACCAGAAGAAUCAUUGGAACAGGUGAUUCUGAGGGCAAUGCAUCAAGCCGAGAAGUGUGUCUUUGAAUCGGAGAAGUGCGACGCAAAAACCAGCGCAAAGAUAGACAAGAUCAUAAUGUUGUGUCCGGAAGAGUUGAAGCAGAAAAUCAUGGCUAAACCGAAUUAUGAUUUGGAUGUGUUGCUUCAGUAUAUACACGCAUUCCAAGCAGCUAAAGCUCAAGCAAAGGAAAUGAGCAAACAGUCGAGUACGAUUGGUGAAGGUUCAGGCUCGAAUCUGGAGAAGAGUGACCUCAAUGCGGUACAAGAGAAGAAACAGAAGUAUGGAGGGAGACCGAAAGCUCAGGCAGGGCAUUUCAACACAAAAGAUGAAUGUUCUCGUUGUGGUAGAUCCGGGCACACGGCGAAAGAUCCAAAUUGCCCAGCCAUGGAGAAAACUUGUGCCAAAUGUAACAUCAAAGGGCAUUUUGCAAGGAAAUGUCGCACUCGACGAGCACAAAACCUCAAACGGUCAAAUGCAGAAGACGCAUCAACUCCCAAAUCGAAGAUUGCAAAAGUGAAUCAUGUGAGUGAAGAGAAUGAUUCAGAAGAGGAGGAAGGAAACGAUGGAUUUAUAUUCAAUGUGGGGGAUGGUGAUGAAUACAUCUGGUGCAAGGUUGGUGGCAUUUUGAUUGAGAUGCUAAUUGAUUCCGGUUCCACUCACAACAUUAUUGGAGAGAACACGUGGAAGUACUUGAAGAAGAGUGGGAUAUUUGCCCAGAAUAUGACGAAAUCUGUCACCAAACAUCUGAAGGCAUAUGCACAGUCGAGUCCCUUGGAAAUUCUGGGAUCGUUUGAAGCAGAAGUAGUGAUUCAGGAUGUUAAUCGGGAGUUAAAAAGCACGGCGACAUUUUAUGUUGUUAAAGGGGGAUCUCAGCCACUCUUGGGCAAGGCAACAGCCAAGGCCUUGGGAGUUUUGAUGUUGGGAUUGCCAAGUAAGCAACAUAGUGGUAUUUGCGCUGUGCAAGCUCAACAGGGAUCCAAACCAUUUCCCAAAAUCCGUGGAAUUAGUCUGAUGAUUCCCAUUGAUGAAGAUGUCACGCCAGUAAAUCAACAUGCAAGACGGCCACCCAUCGCUCUUCUCAGUAAAGUUGAGGAGAAGUUAGAUGAAUUGCUGAAGGCGGGUAUAAUUGAGCCAGUGCGUGGAGGGUCCCAGUGAUUGGGUGUCUCCUGUGGUGGUACUCCCCAAGGAUAAUGGUGACAUUCGAUUGUGCAUCGACAUGAGACAAGCCAACAAAGCUGUGAGGCGCGAGAACCCCAUCAUGCCGACAUUUGAGGAUUUCUUGCCUCAAUUGCCGAAGGCAAAAUUUUUCUCGAGGCUUGAUGUGAAGAAUGCAUUCCAUCAGAUAGAGUUGAAUCCUGCUUGCAGAAAGAUUACAACAUUCAUCACUCACAAGGGAAUGUUCAGGUACAAAAGAUUGAUGUUUGGCAUAUCUUGUGCCCCGGAGAUCUUCCAAAAGACGAUGGAGCAAAUAUUGUCAGGAUGUAGUAACACCCUGAAUUAUAUUGAUGACAUCGUUGUCUUUGGGUCGUCGGAGGAGGAACAUGAUAAAUCCCUACAGGAGGUUCUAAAGACACUAAAGGAACAUGGAGUACUGUUGAAUCAGGAGAAAUGUGUUUUUAAGGUGCGCCAGUUGGAAUUUUUGGGACACCAAUUGUCUGAAAAGGGUAUAAAUCCUACUGAGAGCAAAGUUGAGGCGAUUCGGAAGUUUCGAUCUCCAAAGUCCAAGGAAGAACUGCGAAGCUUUCUUGGGUUGGUAACAUAUGUGAGUCAGUUCCUACCAGAUUGCUCUACUGUCACACACACUCUGAGAUUAUUGCUCAAUAAGGAUACCUUAUUUGAGUGGAAGGAGAUCCACGAGAAGGCAUUUCAAGCUGUGAAGGAGAUGAUGAGCAAUGCGGAAACUCUCAGUUACUUUGACAAUAGAUUGCUCACCAGGGUUGUCGCGGACGCUUCUCCAGUUGCUCUUGGUGCUGUUUUAAUACAAAUUGACAGCAGCAAUGAGGAUAAAAUACAUAUUAUUGCUUACGCUAGCAAAAGUUUGUCGGAUACAGAGCGGCGAUAUUGUCAGACUGAGCGUGAAGUAUUGGCAUUGGUGUGGGCAGUUGAAAAAUUCAGUGUCUAUUUGAUUGGACGAGUGUUUGAACUGGUUACAGAUCACAAACCACUUGAGAUUAUUUUCAAACCGACCACCAAACCCUGUGCGAGAAUUGAAAGGUGGCUUCUAAGGCUGCAAUCCUUCAGGUUCAAAGUAAUCUACAAGAAAGGAUCCAUGAACAUUGCUGAUUCUCUUUCACGGUUGACGGAAAGCAGGGAUUCGAAAGGGUUUGAUAAGGAGGAUAAAUUCUUUAUCAGAGCAGUCAUUGAAUCAGCAGCCAUUGACAUUUCGGAGAUUGAGGAAGCUUCCAGGAAUGACACGGAGUUCCAUGUGGUACGUCAGUGUUUGGAAACGGAUCAAUGGCACGCGCCUGAAGUGAAAUUGUACCAACAUUUCAAGAUGGAACUCAGCUGCAUCGGAGAUAUUCUCAUCAGAGGAACAAAAGUUGUGGUACCUACCUCUUUGAGGCAACGUAUGCUGCAACUUGCUCACGAAGGACAUCCAGGAGAAACCACGAUGAAACGCCGAUUGAGAGAUAGAGUGUGGUGGCCUGGAAUGGACACAGAGGUAACUAAGUUUGUGAGGAGCUGCAAAGGAUGUCAGUUGGUGUCUACUCCGUCCAAACCGGAACCGAUGGUACGCAGGCAGCUUCCACAAGGACCCUGGAUUGAUAUAGCAGUAGAUUUCAUGGGACCUCUACCUACUGGAGAAUAUCUGUUCGUCAUUGUCGACUACUUCAGUCGUUAUAAAGAAGUAGAAGUUAUGAUGAAGAUUACUGCUAAGGAAACAAUCAGGCGGUUGGAGAGAAUUUUCGUGAGAAUGGAUUACCCUAGAACAAUAACGCUGGACAAUGCCAAACAAUUCCUCAGUGAAGAGUUUGAGACCUUCUGCAAACAGCGAGCUAUCACCGUGAACAGAACGAUACCUUACUGGCCACAGCAGAAUGGGGAAGUGGAACGCCAAAAUAGAUCGUUGGUGAAGCGCUUAAAAAUCAGUCAGGCAUUGAAACGUGAUUGGAAGAGUGAUUUGCAAGAAUAUCUUCUAAUGUAUUAUACGACGCCUCAUGCGACUACCGGAAAAACCCCAACAGAACUCUGUUUUGGACGUACCAUUCGGAGUAAGAUUCCUGCAUUGAGUGAUGUCUCUACAAUGCCUCCCAGCUCUGACUUCAGAGACCAAGAUUGAAUUUCAAAAGGAAAAGGAAAGGAAAGGGAGGACAAAAAGAGAGGUGCGAGGCCAGCGGAGCUUGAGUUGGGAGAUCGCGUACUCAUGAGAAACCUGCUUCCCGGAAACAAACUGAGUACCACGUUUGACCCCACGGAAUUCGUCGUUCUAGAAAAGAAGGGAUCUGCGGUGGUCAUCGAGGACCCGGAAUCCGGACGGCGUCUCCAGCGCAACGUGGCACACUUGAAGAGAGCCACACCACCUGAGGAGGGUGACAGUGACGAAGCUGAGUCUGGAUCUGUGGGGACUGGGACUCCGACAUCGGUGGAAUGCCAUGGCAACGCCGACCAGGAGAUCCCCGCUCCACAAACCCAAACAGCAACACGCAACAGACCCACCAGGAAGAAGAAGAAGCCCUAGAGAUUGGAAUACCGGGAGCUGGGGGGAUCGCAUCCCAAACAUGGAGAAAAGGAGGGAUGUGGUGAUGCACCCUGUGCAGAUUCGGUAUGAUUCGGUUCGGUAUGAUUCGGGAGAUGUCAGAUGAGAGAUGUCAUGUGUAAUGGUGAUAUCAGUGGAAUAAAUGUGUAAAAUAAAA